AUGCGCGUGGAGACCUGUCAUUUUUGUUCCCGCCCCGCCUUCCCGGGUAAGGGAAUCACAUUCGUCCGCAAUGACGCUCGACAAUUCCGAUUCUGUCGGUCCAAGUGCCACAAGAACUUCAAGAUGAAGCGCCAGCCCCGCAAGUUGAAGUGGACCAAGAGCCACCGUGCCGCCCGUGGUAAGGAGAUGAUCGUCGACUCGUCCCUUGUCCUGUCCCAGUUCGCCAAGAAGCGCAACGUCCCCGUCAAGUACGACCGCAACCUCGUCGCCGCCACUGUCCAGGCCAUGCAGCGCGUGGAGGAGAUCCGUCAACGCCGCGAGCGCGUCUUCACCAAGCGCCGCCUUGCUGGCAAGAUUGCUCGCGACCGCCAGCGUGAGGCCGACCGCAAGGUUGUCGCCCAGGGCGAGCACCUUAUUCGCAAGGAACUGCGCGAACAGGCCGAGGGUCGCCCUCUGGUGGCUGAACAGAGCAAGGUUGCCAACCGGGUUCAUGGCGAGGAGAGACUCCGCCAGAAGAAGAAGUCCAAGGUUCUGGUGGAUGGUGGGGUCGAGGAGGAGAUGGAUAUGGACUAA